AUGAUGAACUACUCAGACUACGACUCUGACGGCUACUCGUCUAACGAAGAUGCCGACUACGUUCCUUCAGAUGAUAAUCUCAGCGAAGACGAUUUGAACGACUGUGAGAAGGAAGAGCCUCUGAAUGAAGACGAUGAAGUGCCUCAUCCUGGAAACUCGUCCAAGAAGAAGAGUAAGAAAAAGGAUAUCAGUGCAAGGAAAAGAAAAAAAGGCAUCCUUGUGGUGGACAAGGAGGAGAAGAAAGAAGGAGGUGAUGCAGUGGAGGUGAAGCCGCCUCACGAGAAGGAAGAGAAAACCACUUCCCAGAACGAAGACAACGAUGAAGAACGACAGAAGAAGAAGUCAGACGACCUUUGGGCUAGUUUUCUGUCUGAUGUGGGAACCAGACCUACACCUUCAUCUGAUGCUUCUCAGCCCACCAACACGCAGAAGCAGACAGGCGCCUUACCAUCACCAUCACCAUCGACCCCGGUGAAAUCAACGAAGACUCAAGCUGAAACUGAAAAAGUCGUCAUCACUAAAGUCUUCGACUUCGCCGGUGAACAAGUCAAGGUGGAGAAGGAAGUGGCAGCAGACUCACGAGAGGCCAGGAGCUUCCUGAAGAGUCAAAGCACAAAUCAAGAAGAAAGAGUGACGCCGCCGACACCUUCUGGACCCAGUGUGAAGCGGCCGGCGGGGAUGUCCAGCAUCCUCAGUCAGAUCGGAGGAAAGAAGCCCAAGAUGAGCACGCUGGAGAAGUCCAAGAUGGACUGGGACGCCUUCAAGUCUGAGGAGGGGAUCAGCGAGGAGCUGGCCAUCCACAACCGAGGCAGAGAGGGGUACGUGGAGAGGAAGAACUUCCUGGAGCGCGUCGACCACAGACAGUUUGAGCUGGAGAAGUCCGUGCGGCUGAGCAACAUGAAGCGGUGA